AUUCUUCAGUGUUGUGUUGUAGCUUCAGUGAUGUUCUAAAGUUGUUGCUGUCUCUGUUCGUGAAUAAACAGCGUGCGUCGUUGUCAGUGACUGGAUGGACUUGGAUUGAUGUAUUCCCGUUGCUGAGGCCACACACAGAUUGAAAUCAUGGGGGAAAGCAGACCUAAGGAGACGUUUGUCUCACGAUUCCAGACAUAUGUGGCUAAAGAUGGUCGAUCCUUCACACCACUGGUCGUCAUGGAGUUCCCAAAAGAUGCAAAGCGGGCAGCCAUCGAGUGGAUAAUGUCGAAAAUUGAGACGCCUAAAACAGAAGGCGGAGCAGAGCUGCUGGUGGAUGCUGUAGACCAUAAACAUUCACAGGAAACCAUGUUGUAUAUUGGGGCAAAUACCGAUCGGUUGUUGCUAGGGGCGGAGCUUAUGGAACUGAAGAAACCGUAUACUGAUGGUUAUUUGAGAGAAUUCAGCGUCAAGGACCUGGAUAAUUUCCAAGGCUCAGGUGACCUUGAGUCAUUCCUGACAACAGCAGAGAAGCAACGGAUCAUUCUCCAUGAACUGGAGACUAUGCGGGCCGUGGAGAGUGAUCACAACAUCCCUGGCUAUGAAAAGGCCAAGCUCUACCCAGGCAACUCUAUAGUACGAAAAUACCUGAGCAACCACAUUGCUCUACAGCUCUUUCCAUUACAUGAUAUUUUGGAGCUGAAGAAUCUUGGCAACCAGUGGUAUCGCUCUUUCUUCAAGGAACAACCAAUACACAAAAUCCGAGCCUAUUUUGGAGAGACAGUCGGGUUGUAUUUUGCUUUUCUGGGCGUCUACACAUGGGCAUUGAUUCCGCCAACACUGAUUGGCGCUGUCUACUUCCUGACAUCAUGGGACAAUGUCUACCGAGAUGCCAUCUUUGCUUUGUUCAAUCUUGUUUGGGCCACAGUGUUCCUUGAGGCAUGGAAGCGCUAUUGCAAUGAGCUAACGUUCCGAUGGGGCACAAUCAACACCGUCCGCUCAGAGGAGCCCCGAGCAUCCUACCACGGCAACAUUGGGAAAAACUCAAUCACAGGAAAACCUGAACUGAAGUACCCGAAGUGGAAGCGGACUAUGAGGUUCUACUGUAUCUCCAUCCCCAUUGUGUUGGCGUGUCUCUACAUGGUGUUCGUUGUGAUGCUUGUGUAUUUCAGAUGUCAGGACUGGGUAGAGCGGAAAUAUGACCGCGAAGGCGGGGCACUCAACUUCAUCAACCUGUACAUGCCCACUGUGGGCUAUGCUGUUGUCAUAGGCAUCAUGAACACCAUCUACAGGAAAAUAGCCAAGUUCCUGAAUGACUGGGAAAACCACAGGCUACAGUCAGCUUAUGACAACCACUUAAUCUUCAAGCUUGUUGUGUUUGAUUUUAUCAACUGCUUCGUUUCGCUGUUUUAUGUGGCAUUUUAUAUGAGAGACAUGGUCAGACUGCGCAGUCACCUUGCAGCUCUACUGAUAACUCAGCAGAUCAUUGGUCAAAUCAGAGAAGCAGUUAUUCCCUUCAUUUUCUUCCGUCGCCGAGCGCAGAAGAUGAAGGAACUGAUGGACGCUGCCAAUGGCAAGGUGAAGGAUGAAGACAAAAAGUCUGGCAAAGAGCCAAUAGAUGUCACUGUCCAGGAGCAGGCCAAUCUGGAGUCAACUAUGGAUGUGUAUGAGGGCACUCUGGAUGACUACCUAGAAAUGUUUCUGCAGUUUGGAUACGUCUUUCUGUUCUCCUCGGCUUUUCCGAUGGCCGCCUUUUGGGCGCUGCUCAACAACGUCACUGAGAUACGUACAGAUUCCUUCAAGAUGUGCCGCGUCUUCCAGAGGCCGUUUGCUCAGACAGCUGCGGGCAUUGGGGCCUGGCAGGUAGCAUUUGAGGUGAUCAGCAUUCUUGCAGUGAUGACAAACACAGCCCUGAUAGCACUGAAUCCAGAGGUGCGCAAACUUCUACCAUCAGACUUCACCCUUCUGGAUGCUGUGCUGCUCUUUGUUGUUGUGGAGCAUGUCAUCCUUGGCCUAAAAGCCUUCCUGGCCUAUGUCAUCCCAGAUGUGCCCAAAUGGGUUCAGUUGGAGCUGAGCAGGAUUGAGUACAAGUCAAAGAUGGCCCUUCACAAGGAGAGGUUACUUGAGGCUGACAGAAGAAAACAGAACAAGGGAAAAUAGUCUGCUAGAUGAGUUCGAGACAACAUCAAGUGUGCAAUCAAACUGCCUCCAAUGUACAUGCUGGAGGACAUUUUUCAGGAGAAUAUUUUUUUCUUUGAGAUACCAUAUUCUAAUGAAAUGAACAGGAGUGAGAGAGAAAGAAAAUUGCAAAAAAAAAGAGUAAAUGAGGUUAUCAUUUAAAAUCUGUUUGUUGGGCAUAUCCUGACCUACCCUCCAAUAAAAAAAAAGGUUUUAUUGUGAAAGUUUUUAUUGGGACUUUUUUUCCCCUCUCAUAAUUUUUUUCUUCUAAUACCUAUGUUUUUCAUGAACCAGAAUUGAAAAAAAAAAGGAACAGGAUUUUCUAUCAACCACCCAUAAGUUUUUCUCAAAUGGUCGGGUUAUGCCCAACAAACAAUUUUGAGUUACCCUGAUAUUAAAGACUGGUUAAAUACAUUCAAGAAAUAUCUUACUCCAAACAGAAAAUAAUUAAAUUUUAAAUUGUGCUCAAAACAAUUUUUUUUUUUCACUCUUUAUAUGCAUUUUUAUAUUUGAAAAUAUGGACGCAAAUCUGAAAUAGUAAACGUUCACAGCGAAUUGAAAGCUGUCAGAGUUCUGUUCUGUUGCGAGAGAGGGCUUAAGACAAGAGUUUUGCAAAAUUUAAAGUCUUACCAGUUCACCUUUAAUACUGCCAUACAGAAACAUCUUACUACAAACAUUUUAAAUUUGUGCUCUAAGGGCAUUUUUCUAAAAUAAGUAAUAAAUUUAUUUGAAAAUACAGUCGCAAACCUGGCCACUAGAAAUUUGCUGAAUGUUGAGCAUUUUUGUAGAGCCUGGUAUGAUCGAAAUUAUUAUUUUUGAAAUAUUUGUAUGUAAAUUUUAAGUUCAACACUCUGGGUUGAGAUGUAUGUUGUGCAUCACAUCAUUUGAAUUUGUUGCAAUCUCUGCCACAUUCUCUUUACUGGCUAAAGAGCAGCUUUGAUGCUAGUGUCAUGUAUUUGAAAUGGAUGCUUUUGAUUGGUUGGUUUGUAGGUUGACAAAAUAUUCUGAUAAAUGUUAUUGGUUCAGCAAUAUACGACACAAAAUUUAUUGUACAUGUUUGAUCUCGGAUGAAACAUUUGUUUAAAAACAAACAGGUUUUGUUGUGGGUAACACUAUGAUGUGUCAAAUAAAAUGUUUGAUAACAGUUUGCAUAUCCUAGUCAAUAAAGCAGACAUGUCCUCGUAUGUAUUUUUGCAUUAAACAUCAGCAGCCUGUGGUUUAUUCUUUGAAGGAAUACACAGGUUCCUGAUCAGAUUUUUGUCUCAAUGUUUCUUUCCUUGUAAGACACUAUUAAAUUGAGCUCAUUUCCUCUCAAGAACUACUUUUGCUGGAAGAAAUGGGCUUCUUAAAACAUCAGGAAUUUGUAUAUUUAUAAAUUAUCUAAAGUUUGAAUGCUUUAGUUUAGCGUGUAGCAUACAUGUAUUUUACUAUUUAAGAUACUAGUAACAGCAAUGGUAUUAUUAUAACCACAUACUGGUAUUUUAAUGCUCUAUCUUUUUCAGAAUACUGUGAUUGGCUGUAAACAUAUUGUAGAAAUUAUCUUUCAAGUUGAACUGUUAAAGCCUUUAUAAAGAUUACUGCUAUAUUACAUAUUUAUUUAUUUAUUUAUUUGAUUGGUGUUUUACACCGUACUUAAGAAUAUUUCACUAUAUUAGAUAUAUUAAGUACCCUAAUACUUCAACUGCCUUUGUGACCAAUAUUUUCAAAUGUUCUUUGAUAACUGUGGGGGUGGGGAGAAAUAGUUUGCAAAGUUUUAUGAAGCCUGCACCCUUAGUGACACAAACAAAUCAUUUUUGAAUUUUGUGUAAUUGUGUGCAUAAAUUCCACGGCUUAACAGGUCAGAGAGGUUGAAGAUAUUCGGGCCUGAUAUUUCGUCCAGAAGAACAAUAUUUUAUUUGAAAAUAAAUAAGAGAACAGAUCUAUCUGGUAAACAUCAAAAUUUUCAGAUGAUAUUACUUUUUAUUCUUGAAAAAAAAUAUAUACAUCAGUGACACAUUAAAUAUGGAUUUGCAUUGUACUUGCCCUUCAAAGUGCAUGUAGAUGCAAGCAUACCAUAGUAAUGCUAUCAUAAGACCCUCUUAAAAUAUAUUACAUACAAGUUGUAUUUCUUUCCCAAGAAUACCCACAUGUAGCUUUAAAGUCAGAUUUAGACAAAUAUAUAUGUCUUAAAUUUCUACUCACUGCCACUUCGCUGGUAAAGGAGUGUCAACAUUUACAUAGCAUUUCUUUUGAACUUUUUUCUCGUCAUUUUGACAUAACAUGUAUUUGUGUAUGUAAAAUGUGAACAAUGUUUGCAAGCCAUCUGUGGCAUACACACACGUACGUGAUACACUGAGGUAGAGUCGUAUAUGUCUACACUCAGAUGUAACCUGCUCAAUGCUGAUGUUUGGGAAGUGCAGAUGCACUGUGGUUUUGUCUCAUUGUUACAUAAAAUGCAGACUGUUGAUUAGUGUAUACUCAUAUGCAUAAAAAAAAUAUUUUAUGGCGCAUGUUUAAAACACGUAUAAUUAGUUCUUCUGACAUACUGUUAUUAUGGCAGUGUAUUUUCUGUGAGAUUUCAUAGCAUGAAUUCUACAUACAUGUACAUGCCAUAUGGAUGUGCAAUGUAUUAAGUUUAUUUAUAAAUUUGGGGGUGCACCUGUUAUUAGGCCUAGUCUGAAAACUCACAUCUCCUUUAAUGUUCAAUGAAUAAACCAUCAGAGUAUGCGCUGCACAUUAUAUUGGGUAUACCUGUAUGUGACAAAAUGGCAGCCUCAGUGUACUGCUGAAUUCUCAUUUUUUAAUAAGACUCUUUGUUUUUUUUUUUGAUAUUAAAACAAUCCAUAUAUUUUUGGUUGUAAUCAUUCUAUACUUCCAUUACUUUAUACUAAAUGUGUCGUUCUGAAUUCUUACUGUCAAGUUAUGUCUUACACUGACAAAAGGUAUUUGUUAUACGCAGAUAUUUGAAUUUAUUUAAGUGUUAACCUGUGGUAUCACUAAUUAUUUUGUUUUCCAGUUCAUAAAUGACGUUAAUUAUGGCUUAAUUCUGUGGCUCAAUAAUUUUAAAAAGUUGGUACGAAGUGGCUGCCUAUUGCAGUCCAUCAACACCCCAUAUGACGUGUGUAAUACACUGCAUGGCUGUACAGGUCUACAUGGGCUGGCAUACCCAUAUUACACGCUGUGAGCCCUUCGUGAGUGACUCCUGUGAUCUUCCUGCUUACUUUCAGUGUGGCUCAGGUACAUGUCUUUAAUUAUUGAGAAGGUAACGUGAUAGACAUGUAUAAACAUGUGUUUUGAAACUUACGUUAUAGGCCUGGACUACAUGUACUUUCACUCUGAUUCUGUGAUUGGUUUAGUUUUAAAUUAAGAGAAAUUUUGUUUUUAUUAAACCAAGAAAGAUUAGCACUGAAUGUCUCCAUUAGAGAUGGACAUGAACAUUGUGAUAUUUCAAUGAAAUCACACAAAAUGAGUUACUAACUUUGGUAAUAACAUCAUGAAGAUCUGAUAUUUAUAUUAUCUAUUUCCCGUGCUGCUCGACUUAAUUAAGCAGCCAAUCAGAUUGUGUAUUUGAAUUCAGGUGUUAUACAUGACACAGUUGGCUGGAAAUCUACAACAGAGGUUAGACACUACAAUUGUCAUAAUUACGUUCCUGAUGUUACCUGUCAGGUCAGGGUUGACAUAGUUGAUACCUGUACAUGUGUGAUUUAUUCUUAUAAAUAAGGUGUUUAGUUUUUGGAUCUGGUGUGUGGCCAAACAUUUUGGUAUGGUGGAUUGUUUAUUAGGACUUUACCCAUAAUCUUAGGCUUGUGUAGUUUUCCUGGAGAUAACUGUUCCAUACUGAAUGUCAGAAUACUGACAGAACAGUCACAUCAUCUAUGCAAUCUUUCAGCUGCUGUCAGGCAAUGUGACUGAGGUCGACCAAUACGGCCUCCGUUUACAUUUUUUUUUUUCACCAUGUGCUGGUUUGUGACUUCAUUUACACUUUUUAUGUUGAGGUCAAACAGCUUUUACUCCAUCCUGGUCAUCGAUACUGAAGGUGAAAUGUCAACGAGUGUUUGCCUGAACACAAUGGGCAUUUGGUAAUGUAGGGAAGUAGGUUUUAUUUACGCUUGCUUAUGAAUUAAUAUGCUUGUUUUGAUUAAAAUUUACUCUAUUUUACUUCUUACAGCUGUGUUAUUUUUUGUAUCUC